AUCUCGUCUGCGAGAUCUAAGGGGAGAUGAGGCUUCUCGGGUCGCCGCCGCCGUCUCGGAGGAGGCAUCACCGCCUUCGCCUCGCUCGAUUCCUCCUCCUCCUCGGCGCCGCCUUCACCGCCCUUCUCCUCCUCUGGAUCUCCACCCAAUCCGUCCACCCGUCCGACGACCUCCGCCGCGUCCCCUUCGACGCCGCCGGCGACGACCCCGAUGACCUUCUCGUCCAGCCUUCCCUCCUCGGAGCCCAGGACGAUGGGCCUGGGUAUCGGGAGGAGGAGGAGGAUAAGGCGGAGGUAGAGGAGGAGGAGGAGGCCGUGGUGGAGGAGAAGGUGGAGAGCGGGGAUCGGAGGCCCUCGUGCGCCUCCGUGGAGAAGAUGGGGGAGGUCUUCGCGGGGGGAUCCGAGAGGGAGAGCUUGAGGGUCCGAGAGAUCAUCAAACGCCACUUCGAUCUACAUGGAGCUGCUAGAGUCCGAGAGCUACCUCCACAUCAGUUUUGCAGACAAGGUUUUGUGAUAGGGAAAGCAUCAGAAGCUGGGUUUGGAAAUGAAAUGUACAAGAUUUUAACUGCAGCAGCAUUAAGUGUCAUGUUAAAUCGUUCCUUGAUCAUCGGGCAAACCAGGGGAUUAUAUCCUUUUGGAGAUUACGUUUCUUAUACCAACCUUUCAUUUACUCUGAAAGAAGUCAAGCAUUUAUGGAGGAAGAAUGAUUGUGCUAGAAAAUAUGGAAGAGAUCUAAUAAUGAGAGUGGAUAAUUUCGAACAUCCAACGGAAACAAAUGUUCUUUGUAGUAAUUGGAGGGCUUGGAAGCACCCUAUUAUCUGGUUUCAAGGUACGACUGAUGCAGUGGCGGUCCAGUUCUUUUUGAAGAAUAUACAUCCCAUAAUGAAAAAUGCUGCUUCAGUUCUCUUUGGACGGCCAGAGUCUCUUCAGUCUAGGCCUAAUGUGUUUGGGGAGCUUAUGCGUGUCAUCAUAUCUCCUUCACAAGUAGUUAAAGAAGCUGUUAAUUGGGUCACAAGGGGAGCAGAUCCUGAUGUUGCCUUGCACAUGCGCAUGCUGACUAAUAGGUCUGUACGAGCAACAAAGGCAGCAGUUUGGUGCAUUAAGAGAGCGCUGAAUAGCUAUCAGAACAGAUCUGCAAGACCAAGAGUCGUUUUGGUUUCUGACACACCUUCGUUUAUUAAGGAAAUUACACCAGACCUGACUGAAUUUGCAGAGCAGGUACUUCAUUUUAACUACAAGUUGUUUGAGGGGAACAUUUCUAGCGGAGGCAUGAACAGAAAACACCAGUCUCUAGAUUUUAGAGUGAGGGACUGGGGACCAGCACCAAGAUGGGUGGCCUUUGUUGAUUUCUUUCUGGCAUCUCGUGCCAGACAUGCUGUUGUCUCUGGAGCUCAUCGUCGCGUAGGGACAACCUAUGCUCAACUCAUUGCAGCACUGGCUGCAGCCAACAGAUACGGUGAGAAUCUCUCAGGUUCCAGCUUCUCAUUCUUCAGCAGCUUCCAUAGCAAUCUAUUAGUAGCUGGUCUCAAGAAUCAGAUUGGCUGGGGCCACAUCUGGAAUAGAUUUGCUGGUCCGUCUAGCUGCCACCACCAGCCCCACCAGUGCGCAUUCACGCCACUGCUCCCACCAGCAUGGUGGGAUGGCGAAUGGCAGAGCCCCAUUCCUCGAGACAUUCGGCGAUUAGAGGCAUAUGGUGUUAAGCUAACAGAUACAGGCAAGGUUGAUGAGAGCAGUCUCCAAACCUUUUGUAAAUCAAGGAAAGGUCAUGUAAAAACUCUCCAAAUCUUUGGCCAGUGCAAGAAUUCCAAGUGUGCCUGAUCAAUUCAAACGCUCCUCACGGUAAUGCUGUUUCACAUGGUGCUGAAAAUGGCGGUAUAUGCAUAGAGAACUAGUUGCAGUAAUCUGCUCUGGGGGUUUAGUUGAAUUUCCAUGGACAAUCCUAUUUUAGGGUUAGCAUUUGCUGUAUUAUAAACAAAAAUAUACCUAAGGUGGGGAGAAAGAGGGGUUCUUCCCCAUUCCCAUUUAACUCCAUUUCUGCCUUUUCCCUGUUCCAUAUUGAUCAUGAUAGCCUCAUUGCAACUGUUGUAACACUACUACGCAAGUUUAGGAUUUGUUUUUUUGUUAGAAUAUUUUUGUAGUUUCAUUAUGUAUGUUUAUAUGGUUUUAAUGGGUCUCCAUCAUUUUAUUGUCCAAAUUUA